CGCAUAUUCUAAAUAUUUUUUAAUAGCGUUUAAUUAAUACUUUCCACACCGGAAAACUACGUCACUUCCUGUCAAUAUUUUGUUAGCUCCUAGCUAGCAUCUAUGAUUUCUGCAGAGUCCGGUCUUUUUUGGCGUUUUAUUUGCUGAAUUACGUCGUUACAGUUUAUGAAAGUGAAGACGUAUCACGUCACAUGCUCAGAUAUUUCAUCAAAUCCUGCCGUUUUUAAAGUAGCGCGUGUCUGAAUUAAGUUAUGUGUAAAUGUUAGAGGUUCGAGGAUUUUUUGCUGCUGCAAUUUUGCAGAGGGGCAACAGAGUGCGGGGACCACCAACUUCUAUUCAGAGAUGUCGUGGUUUAAUCAAGUCAACCAAGGGUCACAUCCACAGCAGCCCGCUGAGAUCCAGAGUUUUGUUCCUUCCAACAGCACCUGUAAUCCCCCAAACGGACCAGGUGUCUUCUAUACCCUAACAAGUGGAGCUGGUCUCUCCACUCCGAGUCCUAGCCCUUCAUACGACUUUCCAUCAGCUCCACGUGCUGGAGCCAGCCCUCUCCGCUUGGAGAACCUGUCCUGUGCCGCUCAGAGCUCAGAUCAUGUCCAAGAUCCCCCAGAGCCCAUCUCCUAUGUGACCCUACAGGAGCAGCGCUGCGUCCUGAGCUGGUUCCAGGGCUGGAGCUCCUCCCAGAGAGAAAGGUUCCUGCAGGAUCUUCUUGGCAAAGCUGUGCCGGGAAAAGUGUGCACCUUGCUAGAUUCCCUCAGUACUCUUCAGGUUCAGGAUAAGCUGCCAAACAUCUUUGAAUGCCAGCUGCGCCUCUGGACCCAGUGGUUUGAGUCAUGGAGAGAGGAGGAGAGGAAUCACUUUCUGCACAUGCUGGAGGAGCACGACCCAACUUUUGUCGCCCUCUUUUACAAAAGUGUUGCUGGCACAGCAGGAAGAGACUGAGCUGUGUUUAAAAAAAAAAACUUUUUCAUAUUAAUUUCCCCCCUGUUAACUUACUACAGUUUGUUCAGCUAAAACAAUUUUUUACUGAGAUCUCUACACUUUCAGAAAACCUUCAUUCUAAAGUGUACUUUUUUGAUGAAUAAAAUAAAUAAAUAAAGACCUAAUAAUG